AGAGAGACUUCAUAGGAGGAGCAUUUUACUCGCCCGCAAUCAUGUCAGACCCUGAUGUCACAAGAUUUGAAACGCAAAGGAUCCCUUAGUUGAAUUCUAGUGCUAGUCGUUUUUGUUGUUGUCGGCACUAAAUAACUACGUCCGCGACGUCUUGUUGUCACAUCCGCAUGUGCUUUCUCGUGCAAUUUCCUCAGUGAGAAUAGCCAAUAUGAAAAGCAAACUACUUUGAUUCUGAUGGUCUACAGGGACUUCUCUUGACCAAAGUAGUCGAGAGCGAACAGUUUGGAUUUUUUGUUGUUUUGAUUUAAAUUUUAUUAAAAGCAGUAGAAGCACGAGCACAGAUAACCUGACGUCGCUAAAGAGUAAGUCCUUUACUGUGGAGCUGGAAGCUAGUAGUAGUUUGUUCUGUUUAAGAAAGGAGAUCGAUUGAUGGUUGUAGUUUGGUUUUCUUUUAUACAGCCCGAAGCUUUCUUGCAAGUGUGAAGUGAUUGACAUUGAGACUGCUUGGAUUCCGGUCAUGGACGUCGUAUAGAUAGAAACGCACUUAGCUAAGAAUGUUGGAGCCUCCUUUGGCAGAAAUGUCUGCAGAGAGUAAUGAAGACCGAGUAGAAGCCAGUAAUCUUCUCAGCACGCAGGUUCGCCUGUGUGUCCGCAAUGGCCUCUCUGGUGAGGAGCUGGCAUUAGAGAAAUCAGUACGGGAUAUGCGAACGACUACAUUGAAAGACGUUCGCGAGGCGAUAGCUAGCGCGAUCCGAGCUGCGCGGUCAAAGAGGUGCUCGAAGGCUAAUGAAAGUGGCGGCCUCGAGGGUUCUAGCGCAGGAGGUGGUAGCUCCUCUAUUACUUCUUGUUCCGGGAGAACAAGGAUCAGCAGUUCUGAGCAAGAUCAGCUUGAUGAGCAGGAUCAACAUGUUGAUGACCUUCAUCUUAAACAAUUAGAGCUGCAGCGACAUGUUGUACAACCAGGAGACGAAGGCGAAGAGCCUCUUCAAAGAAUCAAUAGAGGCACUGUAGCUCCCGUAGGAAAGCACGAAGAUGGCGCUCGUCCCGAGAGAAGUAGCAGCACACCCACUGUAGUAGAGGAUGAACAUGCGCAAAGAGCUACCAGUACAAGCAUUAGACCAACUUCCUAUUAUGACUGGGAGGGGGAGCCAUGUGGAGGUAAGAAGAAGAAAAACUUCCGCUGCUUUUGGGAACAUAUUGUAUUGAUGAGCGUCGACGACGAGCGAAACAUUGCAGAGGGUGAGGAGACGUUUCUCAUCGAUCAGCUUGCAGGCAAUAUCGCUGAACAAGAUCAGGCUGAAAACGAUAAGGGUGUGGAGCAAGCUCUUCAGGUUGAAAACGCCAAGAGCGUUGUGGAAAUGGAACAAAGAGAGCAAAAUCAUGACCAGAAAGAAGAUCUUCAAGAUGAACGUACUAGAAGAGGACACGAACCGGAGCCACUGGAUGAACGUAGAGGUAAAAAACAUGAUGAGCGCGGAGCUAAAGAAGGCGAAAGAGAUGAAGGCGAGCACGAACAAGGGAAGACCCAGACUCGGUUGCGGAUCGUUGUCAUCGAGUACUAUUUCCGGGAAAAGUGGAAGGCUUUCGAGUCUCGAGAAGAAUUGGAUGAAGCUUUAACCGCCUACCUACAAUUUUGGAAGGAUUGCGAUUGCUAUUGGAUAGAUUCUGACUGCCCUGAUCGUUAUCGAGAUCGAUGGGAAAAGCAUAUUGGACCGGGAACAAAAUUGGCAAAGUAUGGCCCCCUUCGCAUCUGGGACUUGUCCAAAAUCGGCGAUCUCAGUAAUCUCUUUGCCAGAUCCGACCGCUCGCGAUUCAACCUCGACAUCAGUGGCUGGGACGUCUCUGGGGCAACGGAUAUGCGUUGCAUGUUCCAAAGCUGUUGCGACUUCGAUCAAGAUAUCUCCGCGUGGGACGUCAGUCGCGUCCGGAAUAUGGAGAAGCUCUUCGAAUCCGCGCGUAGCUUCAAUAGGGACCUUGGCAACUGGAAUGUUAGCAUGGUGCGUAACAUGUCGUCGGCAUUUUGCUUCGCGUUGCGGUUUUGCGGUUGGGGGCUUCGAGACUGGAACGUUGGAAAAGCCGAGGCGAUGGAGCGUAUGUUUGCCUAUGCCAGGUCGUUUAACGAGGACGUCGGCACUUGGAACACUGAGAGCUUGGAGAACAUGAGUCACAUGUUUUGCGGCGCGGCCGCGUUUAAUCAACCGAUUGGCGGCUGGAAUGUCAGCAAAGUCGCCCGCAUGGAUGGCCUCUUCCACAAGGCGUAUGCCUUUAACCAACCGCUGAAUGACUGGGACACGGGGAGCGUGCGGGACUUGAGCUACUGUUUUGCUCAAGCAAAGUGCUUCAACCAGCCGCUAGCCGAGUGGGACCUGAGUGCCGUGAAAGACGUGCGGCGGAUGUUCUUUGGCGCUGAAGAAUUUAAUCAGCCUCUUGACACCUGGGACGUGUCUCGCGUGAAAUUUUUCGCAGAACUCUUCCGCGACGCGACGUCUUUUCAUCAAUCGCUAAAGUCGUGGGACGUUUUUUCAGCCCGUGACAUGCGUUACAUGUUCGCCGGCGCUAAUAGCUUCGACCCCUCCUCCAUACUACAGUGGGAGCUGGGCAAGAUAGAAGCCAAAAGACUGGAGUCGAUCUUCACGGACGAGGAAAAACUGAUCCAAACGCUAUCUGCUUGGGGAUUCCAAGACCUGUCAAAACUCUUAGAAAAAAACGAGGAAACGCUGAUCGAGUGGGGAUUCAAGAACCCAGACAACGGAAGAGGAUAAGCUUGAACGACUCCUGGAUGAGAAAGGGGAUAAAGAUGAGCAAGAAGCUAGUAUAGGUUUUCUAGGUGGAAAAGAAAUAGGUGGGAAAUCUAUGGAUCUACUAGGCCUCUACUGUAAAAUCAUAUCUAUGGAUCUUUUUAAAGCAUGCGUCGCAACCGGCUCUAAUAUAUCGCGUCUUGUUCUUGAU